GCGAUAGAAGAAAGGAUCCAGGAGGCAUCUUAUCAGGUGGCGAGAAGCCGUAUGGAUGAUAAGGCUCGAUGGGAUCAGUCUGCGCGAGUGAGGAAAGUACCCUUGGCAGUCGGGGAUGUCGUGCUUCUCUACGAUACAUCGUUGGAGAAGCAGUGGUCCAAGAAGCUCGAUAAGAGAUGGUUAGGUCCCUACCAAAUCGCACGGGUCGGAGACUUCGGAGCGUACCAGAUCGAGGAGUUAAAUGGGACUGAGUGGAAGGAUGGGGUAUCUGGAACGCGACUGAAGAAGUUUGUGGCGAGAGAAGAGAGGUUGGAGGCAGCGGGGGAGCUCCCGGAGCAGCAGCAGGAGAGGCAGAGAUCGGAGGCAGCAGGAGCACUCCCGGGUCAGCCACCCAGCGCGCCAGCCAAGGCCCCAGAGAUCCCUGAGAUAUGGAAGGACUUCUGGGAGCAGAGAGGAGAGGAGCUUCCAUCGCCAGUCAGAGCCGGGUUUGGGUUGGCCAGGAAGGCGAAAGAAAGGUUAGAUCGUAAAAUCAAGUUCCUGGCCAAGACCACUUUUGACCGGCACUUGUUAUUGGAGGGUGAUCUGGCGGGGAAGAAAAUGAAGGAAGUCAGUCAUGGAGUACGUCUGGAGGCUAUGGAGAUGGAAAUUCAGGAACUUAGGGCUUUGGUGGCCAGCCAGGCAGCUAUCAUUGAGAGCCUGAGGCAGCAAACCCAGGGAAAGGUGGACAGACCAGAGAGCAGCCGGCAGGGAGAGCAGAGACAGCCAGGACAGGGAUUGCCAGGACAGCCAUCUGCGACAGAGCCUCGCAAGGAGCCACCUGUGGGGAGGGUUAUCCUGGAGUCAGAGGAGGCGAGAGCACAGAGACAGGCGGAGAGAGAGGCGUUCGAGUUCAGAGCCCCUACUGAGCUCGCGACACUGCCAGUAGCAGCGGCGGGCCCAGUCGUACCUUUGGCAGUAGAGGAGGGGCUGCCACCAUCUAGCAGUGAGCCGACUCAGGGCUCAGUAGAGGAAUCCAUGGGCGUGCUCCUUGAGGCGGUGCAUACUAUGCAGGAGGAGGUGAGUUUGUUUUCACCUUAGCAGAGGAUAGAGGAGCCUCUUGAGAGAGAGAUGGGGAUUGAGGAGGAGGGUGCCAUCGAGGGCAGACUCCAGA